AUGACCUACGAAGACAUGAUGAAGAAGAAAUGCGAUCCGGGACUUAUUUGCUCCCUCGCUGGGGUUCUCAAAAAGCCUACCACAGAAACUCACGGUUGCCCUGCAGGAAUGUUCUGUACCGGUGGCCAAUCCCCUGCUCAGCCCUGCCCAGUGGGCACCUACGGACCGAAUACGGGGGCAACAUCUAUGAACGAUUGUUUGCCGGCGCCUGCAGGAACCUAUGUAGACACUGCUGGGUCGACAGAGCCUUCAGGCAGCUGUCUCCCUGGCUACUACUGCCCUGAAGGUUCUGCGAGUGCCAGGGCAUUUAUCUGUCCUGCCGGGACUGUGGGGCGCAACCCUGGCAGCCAGUCAGAAGCGGACUGCGAGCCGUGUGAGCCGGGAGUUACCUGCCAGGUGCAAAACGGGGUGUUGGUGCAGCAGCCGUGUCCAGCAGGUCAUUAUUGCCCUGCGGGCUCCGUACAGGCUCAGAGGUGCCCCGAGAGCACCUACAGAGGAUACACUGGAGGCGGUUCCAAAGAAGACUGCUUCGUCUGCCCCGCUGGUUACUUCUGCUCCGGCACCGGCCUCAUUACGCCUUCUGGUGCUUGCCAGGCAGGGUAUAUUUGUUUAGGGGGUGCCACGACUCCUCAGCCUGUCGACGGCGUCACGGGUUUUGCAUGCACCUUAGGAGGCUACUGUCCCGUUGGGGGUCUGCAGAAACAGCCUUGCUUAGGAGGUACUUACAACCCUGACAAGAUAGGCCAGGGGCCAGCGGACUGUGUCACCUGUCCCCCCGGCUACUACUGCGAAGGCAGCACCAGCACAGCUCCAACAGGUCUCUGUGAGGCCGGCUACAUUUGCACUGGGGGCGCGAGUAACCCCAGGCAGCAGAGGGCCCCCAAAGGACAUUUUGCUGAGGAGGGAUCCUCUGUGGCCACUCCCUGCCCCAAGGGUACCUUCAACCCCAAUGAAGGGCAAGGCCAGUGCACCCCAUGUCUGCCGGGAUACUACUGCCCAGAGUUAGGAUCUGAGACUCUACUAGAGUGUCCCGCGGGAUCAUACUGCGAGGAGGGGUCUAUCACGCCAAUUCCCUGCCCUGAAGGCACUCUCAGCUCAAGCCCCAUGCAGACCUCACUCGAAAGCUGCAGGCCCUGUCCUCCCGGUUCCUACUGCUACGGUACAGGCAAUCAGUCGGGAGUCGAGAGGCCAUAUCUGUGCGAGUCCGGGACAUACGGGGCCACAGAUCGCCUCGUGACGGAUUACCAGUGCACCAAGUGCACGGAGGGCUCGUACUGCUCGAGGAUGGGGCUGCAGGAGCCCGAGGGUACCUUCAACUGGAUCAAAGGAGCAUCUGAGUGCUCUCCCUGCCCCGCAGGAUACUCCUGCGGCAUCCGCACCUCCGACUAUAGUCAACACAAAUGCCCUCUUGGCCACUACUGUCCUGCCAGCUCCGACUCCACCGCCCCCCCUCAGUGUCCCGCGGGGACCUUCGCCAGCGAAGAGGGCCUCAAGAGCCAGUAUCAAUGCCAGCCAUGUCCCCUCGGCAAAGUCUGUAGCGACCCCGGUCUUACCAGCGCCAACACUAACACUAUCUGCCCCAAAGGAUCAUACUGCGCCCCAGGCGAUCGAGCCAAACUUUCCGCCACCGUUGUCAAACCCUGUCCAGCUGGCAGCUACUGCCCUGCAGGGACUGUUGUGCCCAUCAAGUGCCCAGCCGGCAAACUCUGCACAACAAACGGCCUCGAUGAUCCUGACAUGACAUGCCCUGGAGGCGUGAUGUGCGCGGAGGGCAGCUCGUCCCUGGAGGCAGCUGUUUCCUGCCCCAUUGGCUUUUACUGCGCAGCGGGAGCCCUGGACCCUGUCCCCUGUCCUCGCGGCACGUAUGGCUCCCAAGCAGGCUUUGGGUCGGAUGUGCAGUGCCGGCCCUGCACAGGGGGCAAAUACUGCGACGGCAGCACCCCGGGGAAAAUAACUGGGCCCUGUGCGGCAGGAUUCUAUUGCCCUGAAGGAUCGACGUCUCCCUGGGCGAAGUUGUGCCCCAAGGGAAAAGUCUGCCCCGAAGGAUCUGCCGAAGCUCAGAGCUGUCCAAUUGGCUUCUCCACUUUUGCAGACGGCUCUUCGACAUGCUCUCGCUGCACCGCAGGCACACAAUGCACGACAGGAAAUGUCUCCGCCUGCGACGAAGGCUCUUACUGCGACGGAAAGAAUGAUGCCCAGCUCUGUCCUGUCGGCACAUACAGGCCCUUCAAAGGGGCCACCAGUCUAGACUCCUGUCUUCCGUGUCCCGAAGGCCACGCCUGUCCCACACCUGGUACUGCAACCCCCACUGCAUGCGCUUCCGGCUACUACUGCAUUUCUGAGUCUGUUUCCACGACUCCUUCAACAGCCAUUUCGCUCGAAGAGGCGUUAGCGGCUGCCCAAGGCAGCUCGGGAGCACCCACCACAGGGGGAGGCCCCUGCCCAUCAGGCAGCUACUGCCCAGCCAAGGCUCGCUUUCCAAGUCCGUGUCCACCUGGCAUGUACUGCGGGAGGUCCCUUCUAACGGAGCCACAGGGACCCUGUGCAGCCGGCAGUUUCUGCGGCAACAACGCCACUACUGACAGCCCGUCUGGCCCCACACACGUUUGUCCAUCGAAGACGGUGGGGGGGCUGUGCCCGUCGGGCCACUACUGCCCUGCCGGAUCCUCCGUGCCGAUCGCUUGCCCCAGGGGGACUGUGCGCCAGCACCGCUCGGGGCGCGAGCUGAGUGCAUGCGACCCGUGUCCUGCUGGAUCGUAUUGUCCAAAGCCCGGUCUCCUCCGGGAGGCGGGCAAAUGCUUAGAGGGUUUCUACUGUCCUGCAGGCUCGACGGAGAACACCGAAAUGCUGUGCCCAGCAGGCGCUCGCUGUGGGAGUGGGGAGUCAGAGCCCCACACUUGCCAGGCCGGGACCUACCAGGUAGACGAGGGCAGUAGCAAGUGCCUCCCAUGUCCCGCCUCCUUUUACUGCAAAGAAGGUUCGGCGACCCCUGAGAUCUGCCCGGAGGGCCGCUACUGUCCCUCAGGGACCGAGGAACCCCAGCCUUGCCCCAGUGGCACGUACAGGAACGUCACUGGAGGCAUCUCCUUAGAGGACUGCUUCCCCUGUCCUCCGGGGAAAUACUGCCCCCAUGAGGGCACCAAAGGAGACUAUCAGAAGUGUCCUCCUGGCUACUAUUGCAGCUUCGGUGCUGGGACCUUGAGCAGCUCGAGCGGAGGCCGCCGUGCCCCCUCCAACGGGGUGCUCUGGACAAGCCAAAAAGAUGACACCGAAGACGACGACCCCUGCAACGGGGUUCUCCCCUGUAUUUACGCUCGACUGUGUCCUAUGAAUUCAUUUUGUCCAGAGGGAGCUUGGGCUCCGUCCCACUGCCCCAGCGGCACCGGCCAUACCCGUCGGGGUGCGACCGCGGAGUCGGAAUGCCUCAAGUGCCCAGCUGGGGUUUACUGUGGCACUUCUGGGGACAAGCUACCCUGCGAUGCAGGCUUCAUUUGCAAGGGGGGGGCCUUGACAGCGAGACCUGCUGAUAAAAAGACGGGAGAUAUGUGUCCUGAGGGUAGCUUCUGUCCGCGGGGCACUACUAACAGCCGGGUCUGCCCCAUUGGCACGUACGGGCCCACCAAAGGACUCGGUGACAGCUGCGACCCAUGCCCUGCCGGCGUCCUCUGCGACAGCGAAGGUGAGGAAGUACUGUGCGACAGCCGGCCUCAACACCUUCACUGCGAAUUGCAAAGAGGGGACGUGGUGUAUCUCCGGCUCACAAAUCAACGACUCGUCGCUGGCUUACCUUCCCACCUCAGUGGUGCAGUGCCCCGCCGGGUUGUACCUGAGCCCUGCACAGCAGGAUUCUACAAUGACAAGCAAGGGGCAACCCAGUGCAAGAAGUGCCCAGCAGGGGUUUACUGCGCUCACUCGGCUCUCUCAACAGCAUCGGCGGACGGGCCAUGCUUUGCGGGUUUUUUCUGUUUAGAGGGAUCGUCCACGCCAACACCCCAAGACGUCACGCACGGAAACAUCUGUCCUCAGCAUCAAUACUGCCCAGCAGAUGUAUGCAUGCUGGAUGCGCGCUCAGGCUCCUCUAGUCCUCUGGAUUGUCCUGGGGGCACAUACAACGUCGCCACAGGGAUGAGUGAAUGUCCCGCCUGCACGGCUGGCUUCAUCUGCGAGAACCGACAGAAGCAAGAGUGCCCUAAAGGCGGAUACUGUCCUUCUGGGCAGUCCACGGAGACGCGUUGUGCCCCCGGGACUGUGGGUCUGUCUGCCGGCCUCACGUCACAAGAAGAAUGCGCGGAAUGCCCUGCAGGAAGAGUAUGCACCGACGGCAGAGACGCAGACGCUUGUCCUGCUGGAACAAUUUGCCUAGGCGGUGCAGCUCCUGGGGUGACAGCUGCCUCCGUCGAGUUCGAAAUGCAAAGCGGUACCUUCUGGAAUGGAGUUCAAAUACAGCUCGCGUUAGUGGGUAUUCCGUUGCCUUCUCAACACAGCAAGGCCAUGCUUGCCGGCGUUGACUCAGUUGGCGCGGAAGUAUUGAAAAGGAGUCAUUAUAAAUGGGGAGGCAUUUCGUGCGUUCUCCCAGCUGGACAGGAGGCCAUUUCUCCUUGUCCUCAAGGAACGUACCAGGGCUCUCGUGGGGCAACCGCUGCCGACUCGUGCAGGCCGUGUGAGGCGGGCCACGUAUGCCCUAUUGAGGGGAUGGAGUUGUACGCCAACAGCGUUUGCCCGUGGGGGCACUAUUGCUUGGAAGGGAGUGCGGAGCCUAAAACGUGUGAUCCAGGGACAUUCAACAACCAAGUGGGCACGAAAGCACCUGAAGACUGCAAGCCGUGCCCUGAAGGCUUUUCGUGCUCCGGAGAAAAGGCAGCUUACCGCUCAUUUACAGAAGGAACCCCGCUGCUAGACAUUGAAAGGGGGAUGCUGGUUCAGAGAGAAUUAGCAAGCUACAGGACAGCCUGUCCGCCGAAGGCGUAUUGCCCGGAAGGGUCUAUAGAGCCUACUCCCUGUCCGCCAAAUUUCUACUGCCCCGGAGAGACAGUGGAACCAAUUGCCUGUCCGGCCAACCACUACUGCCCAGAUGAAGCAGAGACCCCGCAGCCGUGUCCCAAGGGAUACUUCUGCCCUGGAGGUGAAGAGGAACCAUUUACGUGCCCGCCAGGAAGCCGGGCCACCUCGACUUGUGACGGAGCAUUAACUGCCGAGGAAUGCUGCGAACCGUGCCCAGCGGGGCCUAGUUUUGAGUGCACUCAGCUGAGAGUUGAGAGUUUAGAACGGCAAAAAAACGGUUAUCAUGCUAUGCGGCCGCUGCAGAAGGAUCGACAACUCCUACGCCGUCGACAAACGGAGGUUAUAUCUGCCCAGCUGGCUACUACUGUCCCGCGGGAGCAAUCACGCCCCGGCCCUGUUCGCCAGGAACGUAUAGAGAAAAUCCUGGGGCUGGAAGCGCCUCUGAUUGCCUCCCCUGCCCUUCAGGAACCUAUCAGCGUUUCGUUAUACGUAAGCUACGACCACCACCUGGAGGUGGCAGAGCUGGAUGACGGAACGCUGAAUUGUCAGCCAGUGACGUUCCAGCGUUGUGAAACCCUGGAGCACAGGGACCACCUGGGGCGCUGUGCUGCUUUAGCGGAUUGCACAGAGGCUUGUGGCCCUGAGGGCGGCACGUUCCUUAGCAGUGCCGGCAUUUGUGAGUGCGCUAAAGCUAUAGCAGAGACGACUCAGUGCGAAGGCAGCUGCAAGGCAGCACUUCCAACCGUAACGCUGGAAGGAGAGAAAAUGGUCUUAAAUGAUCCCGAGACAGGACUAACAACCACCUUGCAACACCCAGAUAUAGAUCUGUCGGAAGCUUUCCUAUAUUGCUCGAUGUUCAGAGAAAUGUUCACUGGAGUUCCAAUCCCCUGUAAAAUUCAUUUCCAGCGGGCUGACCAGACAGGGUUGCAUGGGCUGUAUGUCCCUCCAAACUCACUCUGGUCUCCCUCGCGGAAAUUGAGGAAUGAAACUCCAACACGCCGCCGGUUUUCGUGGGCCCGCCGCAGCUCUUGGCAUGCAAAGAGCACCACUAGGGGGACUGAUCUCGAACAAGAAAGCUCUGCCACUGGGGAUUCCGGGAUUUCCCAGCAGCUACGUCGCUCCUUUUUACGGCUGCGAAACAACUCCAUGCAGACAUCCAUCUCGGAUAUCCAGUCAAUGACAGUCACCAACACCGUAAUCUGCAUCAUUCAGGGGUCCUCAAUUGUGUGGGAGUUAAAAGACGGAGUCUACCCCAUAUAUGUUCAGGAAUCUCUCCUGAACACAGGCAGCACCUUCGACAGCACUGGCUUUAGAGCGCUUGCGAAACAAGUGGAGAGUGGGAAGAGCCCCAGUUUCUUCAUUCAAACAUUUGAAGCCGAAGGGAGUUUCGUGUUCGCCUCGUCAAUGCACAACUCCAUACUGUCGUUGGUGCGGGUUCUGCCCCCAGGCAUGGAAUGCCCGGGAGACACUGAAUACCCCACUCCCAUUCGCCUGCGCCCACUGAGUCUCCUGGCCAUAUCGCUCUUGACGAAUAGCAUCCUACUCGACCCAGACUGGGUCCUUCUUGCAGGGCUGUUGUUAGCGCUGGUUCUAGUCGUGCUGAUGCUGCUGGGCCUAGCCGCACGAUUCAUCCGUCACCGCUGGCCCGCUGUUGAGGGCCCAACCAAUUCUGAAUAUUCCCUUUGCCUCCAAGGCUGUAGCAGUCUGGCGCCCAUGCGCCCUAAAGCGCCAAAGGGUGCCGCAGCAGAUAUCUACUCGCGCUACAUGAGGCCAGCCGGUUCUACACGCAUCAUACAUUACAGAAUACGAGAUGAUCUGCUGGAUAGCACGGAACAAGAACAGUACGACCCUGUUGCCGAUGUGAAGCCGGCACUUGACCGGCUGCAUGUUGAAAUCGACAUUCAGGACCUUCGUGUCGUGCAAGCAACUCUUGAGAAGCUAUGCGAUAUGCGGGCGGCAGUAGCGCAUGUGCUGGACCAGGAAAUGCAACGCGAAAAGGAGACAUGCUUGGAAGCAACUCAGUUGGUUGGGAAGAUGCUAACUUCGUUGCAAGAAAGGGUGGACUCAGCGCAGCUAAAAGGCACCUUGUCGAUCAGCAGUCGGCAUGUCACAGCCUUGCUACGCUGCAUCUUGUCGGCCCUUCAAGGACCUGAGAAACGCCAAGAAGCUGAGCAGAAGCUCAGGGAACUCGAUGGAGAACUCCAGGCCAGGCGAGGCGAAGAACAGCCUGUUCUCAAGCAGGCAAGUGGUGGCAACAAGGAAGCAGAGAUACUAAGGGUGUGCGUCGCAAAGGCGGGCCCUUCUGUCUAUGACUCCCUGGAUGCCGCUAUCAGGACUGCUAAGGAAAGCAAGGAAUCUGUGGAAGAUAUUCAAGAGGUUACCGAGCAGUAUGGGUCGAAGGCUACCACAGACCCCGACGGCCAGCGACACUUCAUGCUAGCGUCGGUCUAUGACUUCCUGUUGAAGCGCGAGACGAAGCAGGUCGCCGCCCGCUUUAAAAGCCUCUCAUAUUUACACAGACACGUGGACCUCGCUGAACGUCGAAUGAAGGAAAGGAUCGACGCAUUCUCCACCCUUUGCACUGUGUCCAGACAGGAUAUGUUGGCUCUUCAAGUCUCGCAGAACGAUUGCAUCUUAGAGUGGCAACAAACCACUCUUAUCAAUCGCGCCAGAGAAGAUGACCGAGUCCUAGGUGAAGUGUCGGGCCAGCUGAAUCGAGUGUUUCAAGAGGUAUUGGCGGAGCUGAUGGUGGCUCGAGAUGACGAAGUUCCUUCUAUGGUGAAUAAUCUCACCGGCUCAAUUGGAUCAAUAAUUCAGCAGAAGUGCGCCAAAUCGACUGGCAACUGGGUUCAGUCCUCGUACACACAGAAUGCAGCGAAGAAGCUGAAGGAGCUAAAGCAGCAGCAGGAAGCUCAAAUAAAGGCGAAAUCAGAGUCACAGAUGGAACUUCUGCGCAAUUCGUUGCAAACCGCCCACGCGUCGAUGGCGAGGCAUUCCCAUGUGUUGGCGGAACGCGAAAAGGCAGCACUGGCAAAAUUGCAUAAGGCGUUCAAGAAAGAAGUCCGAUCCGUCUAUGCGUCUGCAGCUGCGAAGGCAACUGCAGCAGCUGAAGCACAAGCUGCAGUUUUAAACCUAGUGCGCAGAUGCAAAGGAAGCUCUGGAGGAGCGCUACUGGAAAUGGUAACAGCACAUCUCAGUAUUUCCGAGGACACCACUAUCCCACAAACGCCCUUGGCUUUGGACCCAGAGCGCAUCGAGGAGAUGAAGAAGCAAGCACUCGAAGCCAUGGCUGGCGCUUUCGCUAGGCGUGAAGAGCUGCAAAAACAGUGCGAGGCUCUCAGGCUUGCGCACUUGGAACAACGGAAUCAAGCCUUUGACAAGUUUAUUGGAGAGUCUUCGCGGCUUGCUUCCGACAGAGCAAGAGGAGCGUUCGCCAAGAUUUUAGGUUUGGCUGAGACCACUGCGCCGGCAGAGGCAGGACUUGGGGCCCCACUGUUGCGGCAUAUGGGCAUAUCACGAGCUUUCGAGGAUUUGUACCAGGUUCGCGCCCUGCCAGACAGUACGAAGGAUAUUGUCCAAGAGCUUUGGAAGCAACAACAGGCGAGCUUCCAGAGCCUUCUGGACAAUUACUUCAAGCAGUUCCAGGUCGCGCACGCAGGGGUGGUUGUAGGCCUCAAACGCAUAAACGGCCGGUACAUGGAAGGGCUGAAACAGGCAAUGUACACUCACCGCGAGGAGACAUCCGGCUUGGAAAAGCAGACGGCAGACAACCUCGCAGCGCUUCAAAAGGAAGACAUAAAAGAGAGAAUGCAGCUUAAGAUCCUAGUGGCGCAAAGCAUCUCCAAGGCGUUCUUAUUAGCAUCAGAGGCUGAUGCUCGCGCUGCAACGUUCCAAAAGCAGCUCACUCUCCUGGAGGGUUACAGGGGCCACCAAUAUGAUAUACAUGAGCUAGAAACUCGGAUUAAGGAAUUAGCUAAUGGGGAGGUGGAGACUGUCACGCGAGCACGCGACGAAGAAGAAUCUCGGCUUGCUGGUGAAAUCUCAGCCUUCGAGAUGCUGAGAGCAAAGGAGGAGGAACUCGUCCAACUCCUUCACCUAGAGCACAUAAGGAGCACCGAAGUAACGCACCUGGAGAUUGCUGCAACUGAAAUGCACGAAGCAGAAGUCCAGAGUGCCACUGCUCGGGUUACAGAACUGCUGCUACAACACGCAGAAACGAAGGUCACGGCAAUGAUGAACAUAUCCACUGGCGGCGCAUCAUCUAUAGAUGCAGAUAUAGCCGACUACUGCUCCAGCUGGGAGAAGGUGCUCGCUACGUCAGCACCAAAUAAGACCGAUGAGAUGCAAAAGCAGAAGGCGGCUUAUGGCGAACGCAUACGUAGCCUGUCGAAGUCCCAGGAGGCUCAAAAGGCUUCGCGACACAGGCAGCAGCUGCAUGUUUCUCACGAAAUUAUGGAGCUACAACAGUACCAGGGGCCGCUGGCAAACGAGAAAGGCCGUUUUAUGAAUGAAGUGCUGCGCCAGCUAGCUGUACACCAGGCAGAUGUCGAGUUUGAGGUGGAGAAAGCCCGCCUAACUCGCAACCGAGAAGAGGAGCUCCGCGAAGUGGACGCUGAACUGGCAGAGAUCGAAGCCUUAACUCAGGAGAUGCAACGGGCAGCUUCCACAGAACAACUAGCAAUAGGACAGCCUGGCCAUAGCCAGCCUACCGAGGGAUCUGCAGAUUCAGAAGGGCCUGGUGACACUGCUGGAGUGGCUCACCAGGCGGGCGAAGAUCAACAGCAACUCUUGCCAGAGACCCAGUCACCUGAGGAAGGGAGCAGGAGCCCUAAUGCGCUCGAGAGCCAUGGAGAUGGCACUGCUGGUGAGAGUGCCGAAGAUAAAGGGCCAGAAUCUGCGCUCCAGCCUGACAAACAACGGGCUGAAGACAAACGUAGGCAGCUAGAGAUCGCGUUGGCUGAAGGGGAUCUUAGCGGGGCCCAGGCGCACCUGAUUGAGGCAUACCGAGAGCGCAUGCGACAGGCUGAAACAACCAAUGACCAGGAGAGACUGAUGCAGGACCAGCGCGCCCAGCAGCUACUGCAAGAAAGGCGGCAGCGCCUGCUGGAAAAAAAGGCCCGCCUCCAAGCUGAGCAGCAGAAAGCUCUGGAGGAAUUGGAAAAGGAGAAACAACUGAAGCUUGACAGGCUGCAGCAAGAACUGCAGCAAGACCUUGUGGACUUUUCCAUUGAGUUUGAAGUAGAGCCACACGAGCUUGACAGGCUUGCUAGGCAACUAUGGACCGAAUCUCAUCAACGAUAUCAACGGCAACUGCGAGAAAUGGAGAAGAGGCAGGCGCAGACUAUGGAAGAUGCAUAUGACAGUUUUGUUAAGGACUGGGCUGAGCACCACGAUGGCGAGGUCGACGUAGCUCGGACUCGCAUGGCUGAAGUGUGGAAGCAGCGUUUCGAGGCCAUUCAGCAGGAGCAGAUUGCCGCCAAAAGGGCAAUGGAGGAAAAAGAGGCGGCUUACAAGGCUCAUGUUGACGAGCGGAUCAAAGCCGUUGAGGCGCAAUGGGCACAAAAGCUGUUUGACCUUAAAAACGAAGAGUGGACGAAGCUCCAACAAGUUCAGGAGCUGGCAGAGGCUGGCUUGAAGGAAAGGAGGAAGAUGCUUGAUGCAUCAAUUGAAGCAAAGGCAAAGGCAAGCCAGGAAGCAGCGGGAUCACCAGAGGGGAUACACGCAUCACAUGAUCGAUUGUUAAGCGAGCUCACAGCAGACUUGCGGCAGCUUGAGAACGCCCUUCGAGCUGAAAAGAAUCGCCAGAAUAUCAUCUACCAGAGGAAGUUGCUCGACAGGAUGCAACGAAGAAAGAAGCGCAUCAUUAGCGAUGCAGCAAAGGAAAGGAAAGCCAUGGAACAAGACGCCCUCGAGCAGCAGACACAGUUACUCACCCAGCAGCUUCAUCAACAAAGGUUUCUGUUUGGUCGGGCGAAAACCUACCAGGUGGCGCUUAAGUUCUCACAUCAGUGGCUGGCAAAAGCGCGGCAGCACCUGCGUGCUCGUGAAGAGGGUACAGAUGAAGACGAGCACAAGCUUCAUGAACUGUCGGAGAAAGAAUUUUUCAAAAGAUGUACUCGCAUGCGCACGACACUGGCGAAGAGCAUGAAGCAAGUUGAAAUCCUCAUUCGAAACCUGAUGCCUGAAAAAAGCCAACGUGAGCUAACGAAGGGCGAUGGUGCGGCGAGUCUUCACCAAGAUCAUCAAAGCCAAGCCGCGCACCUGCAGCUGUGCCUUCAAGAAGUAUCGAAGUCAACUGUCCAACUGAACGUUGUCCAACGGAGGUUCCUUGGACCCCGGACAUAA